CGUGAUUUAAGCCAAUGCUCACCCAAUUCCGGGUUUUGCCGGAAAGGUGCGUUUACAUUUGUCUGGAACGUUGAUGAUACGAAAGUUUGCACGGCCGGCAACUCUCCGAAAUUCAACGCUACCACACUCUUGUUACAUUUCAAUUCCUCGGGCAAUCUUUAUCGAUUGGAACUACCGAGAGUUGGACAAAGCUUUCACAGUUUCGAAACUUGCUCUCAACGAACGAAAUCUUGCUUUGAAUCAAACAAAGUCUAUUGUACAUACAAUGGCUUGGUUUUAAACGUAAAUGACAACUGCGAAGACAUUGUCAGAUUACGUCAUAAAGGCGUUGCCUCUUCAUGGCAUGACGUCACCAGUACCUGGUUUUCAAAAGUCGUUUCGAUUGUACAACAGUCGUCCGAUCACGACUCUGAAUUAUUCGCCGAACUCUACGACAGAAUACACGAAUUGGAAUGUCGUGUCGAAUCAAUGAUCUCCCAUUUAUUGAAACCGCUAGCACAGUUGUACCCCUCUCAAAUAUUAUCUGCAAUUUUAAGACGUGAAGUUCAUGCAAUUGCUCAUGGAGAUGUUCUUGUCGAACUUCAUUGUGUUUCCGCUAAUUUUACAGUUUUACCAACACUUUUCUUCAACAACUUGUAUGCAACACGUCCGAUUGUUGCAUAUACCUUGCCUAACAGAUCUACAGAACUUGGACAAAUCCACGCCAGUAACGUUGUUUUCAAUCAAAUAUUACUGACUGAAUCACCACGAUUUGGACAAACGAAAAUUUUCAAAAUCAAUGGCAGCUACUACAAGUAUUUCAAUUAUUCACUAGUAUCCAGGAACGAAAAUGUCAAAGAAGUAUACCCCUGACUGUAUACAACCUUUGACGACCCAUCUACACAAGAUUACAGCUCAUUUCUCGAAGAAAUUUUAGCAAAUGAAGAGGAAAUUUCCGCUACAAGCAUGGACGACCUUUUAGUUACAAUUUCGGAACUCAACAAACUGAAUGACGAUUACAAAGGAGGACGAACCUCUGCAGAAACUAUUGACAUCACUACACUGGAAGACGGAAUUCAAAAAGCCGUCAACGGCAACAUAUUUGCCUGGCUCUUGCGAGUUAAGAGCUCAGCAUGGAAUUACGUCAUAGGAUUUUGUCUUAUUUACGCAUUAUUUGUUAUACCCAUUCUCUCUUUCCUGUACAUAGGAUAUUUCAUUUUUCAAAGUUUGCCAAA